GUCUUUCAUCAAUGUGUGGGAAUGUUUGUUGAAGCCCCUUUACUAAAGUUGUAGCGGAAAUAUGCGUCUGAAAAAAUUCUUGUUGCGUUAUUAUCCACCAGGUGAGGAUAAUUAUGAUACACUUGUGUAAUUUUUAGAAUUGCGUAUAAAACUAAGUCAAAGAGCUUUCAAUCAAACAGCUCUUUAGUGGAUUUGGAAUGCUAGCAAAGAGUUACGCUCUUCUAUCGAAGUUGCUAUGGGUGCUGGUUUGCAAAAAAAAUUGCAGACAGUCCAUCUUUUUGCCUAGCAUCGCACAUCAAGCAUCAAUUGUUGAAAAUCUAUGUUCUGUUUCCAGUAUGGCUCUCCAUCCUUUGCAUGACCUCUUUCAUUCUCUUUUAUGCUGGUUUAAGCACCUUCCAUGUUGACAUAAACAGCUAGUCAUUCACACCUUCUCAACCUACGUAUAACUCCUUACCAGUUGAGUCUGCUCUUUGCUUUCUAGCAUGCUUCAGUAUCAAAUGGCAUCUUCCAGUGAGAUUAUAUCACAGCCUUCAAAGGCAUGAAGUGGAAACACACUAAUGUCAACAUCACUGAGGCCCUGAAAAAAUUUCAAGUAGAUUUUUGUAGUAAAGUGUUUUGGCUUGAGCUGUGAUCUCUGAAGAGUCUAUUCCCAGCUGAUAUUUGGUCAAUAUUUGUGAAAUUUGGAGAUUGCGCACAUAGUUCUCAUGCUAUCUCAGUUUUAAUGAAAAUGCUAAUUUUCCUUCUGUGAUACCUUAAUAGGGUAUUCCACAUAAAAGAAAAUGUGCCCACUUAAUGCCACAAAAUAUAAUAUUUGUUUGACAUGAGAGGUGAAGUUUUUGUAAUAAGUGAGUGACAGAGAAAUUUCAAUUGCUCUUAUAAAGCUGUGGAUAUCACAUGAUCAGGUCAAAUUCACUUAUAGCUUGUUCGUUGUAUUCUGAAAUACUAAUUAAAUAGUGUCUGAAUCCGAGUUUUCUUGAAUAUUAGAUCUGCUGUUACAGAAUACAUGGUUUGCUCUUCUUGAAUGUCAGAUGUGCUUGCCUGAUUCCUUGGUGAUGGUAGAGGGGUGUAGGGCAUGCAUCUCUGAAUUGUACCCUAGACUUCUAAACACCUUUCCUUUACUUUGAAUCUAUAAAGACUUGAUUGAAAUCAUUUAAGUGAGUUACUAAGUGCAUGUGAGUUGAGAGGGCAGUGAGAAGUUACUUUGCAUUUCAGGCUGGUUUUGAAGUCUCAUUUUUGUGUUUAAACCUUUGGUUUUUAGGCAUAAUUCUGGAGUAUGAACAAUCUGGCAUGAUGAAGUCAAAAUCUAUAGAUCUGUUGGAUUUAAAACCCACGUGAGUACAUAUUUUUUUGAGAAGUAACACAUGUAAUCAUCAUUUAGAUUUGUAAUUUAUUACUAUCUCCUUUUCUUGCAGAUGAAGAAUUAAAAUUACAAGUAUUAUAAUAUGUAAUUAGUUUGAAUUGUAUUGUGUCAAUUAAUGAACAAAGUUGAAAUGAAUUUUUAGCUGGUCCUUUUACUUUUUGAAGCGGAUUAUUUCUAGCCUACUCAAAAACUUUUUUGUCAUCAUUUAAAGUACUACUUUAAUUGUUACAGGUAAUUAUUGCAAGUAGUUAUGUAAAUGCAACAUGCAUAUUUGUGCUCACAUGAUAUUUGUACAGUUCUAAUCAUUACUUACAGUAUUGUUUUCCAAAAUCAUUUCAUCAAACUAUUGAUACACAGUUUCCUUUUUGGAAUUAUUACACUAUUGUUUGAGCACACAAAUUUUUAAGGAGGGUUUUAAUGAUGAUGCUCAUCUUACAACAACAAUACACAAUCAAAAUACAUGUGUAAUGGAAUAACACCCUAGGGGGUUUUUGUUUUAGAUCUGAUGUUGAUUUGCUACUUGAUGACAUUAUUGCAAAGGAACCCCUUAUUACACCCUCAAAGAUGGAGCAAGUGAGAAAACUGAUUCUCAGUAUCCUUUUUUGUAAAUAUUGAGUUUUUAAUAUAUUGCACAGACCUAACUUAAGAAUUUCAAAACAUCAAAAGUAUUUCCUUCUUUGUAAAGGAUAAGCAGUAUAGGUUCCUGCAUGAGGGUUUUCGUAUGCAAAGGUAAUCUGUAGAGUGGUGGCUGGGUAGAUUCAAAACUUGUUUUAAUUUAACGCAUUGUAAAGCUGUCUCAGAAGAUGUCCAACCAACAUGAUCCAUAAUUUCAUGGCUGACUUGAGCAUGUGCUCUCUGUCUUUAAAAUGAUGAUUAACACAAACAUCCAAUUGUGACUGGGCAGCUCAAAAAUCAAAGGAACUAUUUGUAACUUGUUUGUCCUUUGAUAGUGAGGGAACCAAAAAACUCUUUUUACAUCAAUAGAUUUAACUAACAGACUUGAACAUAAAUUUUGAUACCUAAAGCAGGACGUAUCUUUCUAUUUUCCUCUGUUUGUAAAGCAAAUGUGUUUGCUUUGCCCUGAUGCAAAGUUUUUGACUAAAGAUGAUUGAAUGAGAGCCCAGAAUCUGGGAAACAUAAAAUUUCCUGUGUCUCAACAUGCCAUUACAAACUCAUGAACAAGCCCACAAACAGAACAUCAUGAAUAACAUGUGGGUAACUCACACAACUCAUGACCCAAGCCCAAAAGAUACAGAAGAAGCUACACAAAAAAAUACAUUGGAUGUAUUUGGGAUAUUAAAUAGAAAAUGAAUAUUCAAAUGACUGUGUAUAGUGACUGUGACAGGUGUCCAAAAUUUUAUUAAGGCAGUACUUGUAGCUCCAUUGGUCUGUACUGUUAACAUUUAACCAAAUAUAUCCAUUUGGAACCUGUAUAAUACACAAGUAGUAUCUAUAGAUAAAAGUUGUAAAUGUCAAUUUUCAUAAGAGCUGGUCUUGAAGGAAAAAAAUGUAGACAUGGAUAGAAAUGGUUCAAACUGUGACAUACUGUCUUUAAAAAAACAUGUCCUCCAGGCACCAUAAUAAUUUUUUCAUCCAUAUCUCCAAAAAGCACAUUUUGAUUGUUACAACAAACUUCCUUUAGAUUUCAAAGAGUAACCUAUACGUUUGAGAACUGUUUUCAAUAAUGUUGAAUAUUAAGUCUUGUUUGGUACCUUGGUGGUUUACUUGGGGUGCAUCAAUGUCUUGCCUCUUUUUUUUAGUAUCCUGGCAACCUGCCUUGAGGAGUGAAUUUUUUUAGGGAUAAAUAGAGCAGUGGCUUUUUUUAAACCACUCCUUGUUUUUCUUUCCAUUUUACGAGUUUACAACUAGGUUACUGAGUUUUUCUUCAAAUUGGUAGAAUUUGCAGUUAAAGUUUUUUUUCUAUUUGAAAAAUACAUUUUUGGAACAGUUUGGUUGAUAUCUGAAAUCUAAAAACAUGAUAAAUGAUUAAUGUUUACACUAACUUCCUAGCAGCAGAACUGACAUAAACCUUGAGUGGUCUCUUGAGUUCACAUCUCUUCUUAAGAACAGUGCACCAAUGUCUGAAGAUAAAUGUUGCAUCAUAUCAUCACUUGCAUAAUUUAAAUACCUCUUAACAGGAGGAAAACAAAAAGGAGUAAAUAAAAGAAAACACCAUUCAAAUAAUUUAGUAAAGCCUUUAAAGUAAGGAUCAAUUAUUUUUCACUUCUUUGGGCCAAUGUUUUUUGUUACUAAGUAAAUGUGAAUGGACCACUCUAUGAUAUUAAUAAGAUACAGAUAAUAACCAUUUGCCUUCUGCAUAAACCUGCUAUUUAUAAUUAUUUGUGUGGUUUAGCUUUCUUGCCAGUAGCAACUUACACGAUAUAAUAUAUGUCACUUUUUAGUGUAGUAUUUUAAAGUCAGAGGUUCCACUGUUGUUGUGAUUCAUUUAAUCUACAUUUAAAAAUCUCAAUUUUUCCUGCUUCUUUUGGUUGUUUUCCUUUAGUAAUAAUUCAACAGGGCUGAAAGAAAAACAAGAAGAAAGUGUGGAUCACCAUUUCUAUCUUUUCAAGGUACUGGUAUUCAGAUAUACUGUUACUGAUUUCAUCUUUUUGAGGAAUUGUUCCUAGCGGGUUUAUCACUCGUCAGGGCUUUUAGAUAGGGAGCAUAUUGGAGAGGGGAACAAACCCAAAUGUAGAACAUUUGAGUUAUGUACUUAGCUUAAAAUGUAAUGAUUCUAAAUACUGUAAUAUACUGCCCACUGUAUAUCUUGAAGUAUUGUAGGGGUAAAGGAUUUUUCUAGUAUUCAACAUUUUGCAUUGUUCUGAAACAGUGCCUCCUGAAACUGGUAUGUUUCCAAACUACUGUUAAGUAUGUAGGUACAAAAGAACAUUCCUCUGAUCUAUAACUCUAUCUGUAAAUCGCACUUAGCUGUUGAAUUUCUUUCUAGUUGGCAUUGAAGAAAUUCAUUUUGUGGAGUAUCAGUAUUCCUGUGGAAAAAAAAAAUGUGUUAGGUUACAUAUAACUCCUCAAAGAACUUUUGAGCAGCUGAAAAUCUUGCCAAACAUUACACCAUUUUGGUAUAAUCCAAGCCAGGCUAAGAAAAAGGAAAACUUAACUAACUUUCUAAACCUUAGACUUGAAUUCUUCUUCUGAUAAAGACACUUACUGUUCUGGUUGUAAAACACAGGUGUAUAAAGAGAUGUUCAGGGGGUUGCAGAAUUCAUGGUUCUCCAAUAGAUGUGACAGAUUUAAAGAAUAUCUUCAAAAAUAUCUGAAAAAUUGAGGAUUAAAUCAAAUUUAAAAUUUUGUUUUGCAGGAGUACUCUGGAAAUUAAAACUAAUUUAUAUAUGUGUUUUAAACAACAAUUUAGGCGAUGAGGUGUAGUCAAAGUCUCAACUAACUUAAAGUGCAAGUUACUCCUUUUUUACCCUAAAUAGUUUCCCUUUUCAUGCCUUCCAUUUGUUUCUGUGAAGGUUUUAAGAGCUCAUAUCCUUCCACUGACCAAUGUGGCUUUCAACAAGUCUGGAACAAGGUAAUUUUUUAAUAGUAUUUUGGUUUUAGAUAUAAAGUACAUCACUAGACUUCAAUUUGAUAACAUUCCUUCAAAUGUUAACUUCUAAAAGAGGCACCACUGCAACUUACUACUUCUUUAUUUGGGGUGAACAGCACAAUAAGAAAUUAAAAGAAUGUCAGUUUUGGAAAAGGAAUAUUAUCUACACUUCCAUUCUUUUGUACUUGAAAUGUGUAAAAUUGAAAAUGAUUUAAAGGUGAUUUGCAAGAUUCCAAUUUAAAAUGUAACUUAUUUUUAAUCAACCUCUUCAUAAGCAUUGCCACCCUAUAACCAUGACCUGUUAUUACACAAAAAUGAUCAUUGAGGGCUUGUUUUAGUUAACUGCAUAAGCAAUGCUUUUGAGGAGUAAUCAGAUAAAGUAUUUUGUUGACAUACAUUGUGAAUUUGCCUUUCCUUUAGUUUCAUAACAGGAAGCUAUGAUAGAACUUGUAAAGUGUGGGAUACAGCCUCAGGAGAAGAGCUGCAUGUACUGGAGGGACACAAAAAUGUUGUCUAUGCAAUUGCAUUCAACAAUCCCUAUGGGUAGGUAGUCAGUUAUGCCAGGAUAUUGUUUUGUUUGCUGACUCUUAUGAAACGAGAAUCAAUUGGUCUCUAAAAAAGGAAUGAAAGUUGCUUGUCAAGGAUUUCCUAGAAAUACACACACACCCACACACACAACCUGUCUAGCUCUCCCUCUCUGUAUAUGCAUCAUCAAUUACUAAAUUGGUGCCAGGUAACUGGGUAUUUAUUCAGAAGGUUUUAACUAAUAAUUUUACCAUAAUUUAAUCAGCAUUGCUCUUUUUUCUUCCCUUACAGGGACAAAAUAGCAACUGGAUCAUUUGACAAGACAUGCAAGGUAAAUUGUUUCACAGCUGGGGAUGAGUCGGAGUAGAGAAAAUGGUGACUGUGUAAAAAGAAGAUUAUAGACUAGAAAAAAAGUAAAACAUGUGCGCCAGUUGUAUCAACACCUGCAACUCUUUCUUUAUACAAAAUAGUUGCAUUAUCUAACUUAUUCUGACAGUUCAUUAUUUUGACUUUUUAAUGAUAUUACAUUUGCCUGUUUUUCUCAUAUUUAAAAAUCAUAAUCUUUGAGUAUAUUAACUGCAGUAAUGUUGUAGUUAUGCUAGGACUGAUCAUAUCAUUGCUUGUUUUGAUAGCUAUGGAGUGCAGAAUCUGGGAAGUGCUUCCAUACCUACAAGGGACAUACUGCAGAAAUUGUAAAUUAUGAUGUGGUGAAAGUGUAAAUUAUGUUGAGGUUCUAUUUAAAGAGUAUGCUUCAGAAACUCUGUAAUCUUUAUCCAUUCCUUAAAACAAUGUCCAUGAAAUUAUGAAACUGCUUGUGGUUUGAUAUUGGAAAGAGUAAUCUUACCUUUCUAACAUUUUUUUUCAAUUUCCAAAUAAUGCAUUGAAGAAUGCCACCAUUUUGAGUAUUGCAGAGCAACUUGCCAGCUAAACUGUGAGGUAACAAAGUCUGUAUCCUCCCUUUCUAUAUCUUGGUGAUCUGUUUGAAAAAUUUGCAGAUACACAAAAGGUACUAUUGAUUUACUUCGAUCUAUUUUGUCUUUUGGCAUCACUACACAUCAGCACAGCAGAAGUUGUUGGUGAAUGACACAUUGUGGUUGUUUGCAUGUGUGUCUAGGUUAAUAUAGGGGUUGUUCUUAAUUCAAAAUGGUGGAAUCCAUAGUAAAAAAAAAAAGGUUUGGUGCACUAAAAAACAAUUUUUUUAUGGUUAGUACAUACUGUGUAGGUAAAAGGUAGAUGGUUAAUAAGAGAAGCAUGCCUCCUAUUUAGGCACUAUUUAAAUGUACCAGAACUGCUAAGUACCACACUCCUUCACAAUUCUCUCUUCCUCUCAAAGUAGGGAUUUCUGGGACAUCAAGAUCAGUUUUUAAGUACCUUGUGAUGUUUUUUUUCUUCCCUCCUAGAAAGCCUUUUGUCAUUUCUCAAGUUGAGAAUGAUUGAAGUCAAACAAAUUCGUCAUUUUUCAAAUUGAGAAUGAUUGAAGUCCAGCAAAUAUUUGAUAACAUGAUUUCAAAGAAAAGUACAAGUCUUGCAUGGUGUUAUUUUGUUAGGUGUGUGUGGCAUUUAAUCCACAAAGUACAGUUGUGGCCACUGGAAGUAUGGAUACAACAGCCAAGUUGUGGGAUGUACAAAAAGGAGCAGAGAUAUCCACAUUGUCUGUGAGUACACUUUAUAUUUCCAUAUGAAAAGCAAUAAUUAUAUCGAAUAGUCAAGUGUAGGGCACAUAGUAUGAUAUAUCAGUUUAUAGGAUGUGCAUGGUUUUUUGGCACUAAACUGUUGUUUUGCUCACUUACAUUACCAGGUAUUCUUGGCUUUGAAUGUAAAUGUAGGAUUAAAAGUUAACAAAGCUCCUUUUUUUAGUAGUACCUUUAUAAUGAAUUUAUUUGUUUAUCCCCAGGGUCAUUCAGCAGAAAUUAUUUCCUGUUCAUUUAACACAACAGGAGAUCAACUGCUCACAGGCUCAUUUGAUCACACUGUGAGUGUUUGGGAUACAGUAACUGGAAGGUUUGUUCUGUAGGCAUGUCUUUUUAUUACAUAUAUACCACUGAUAGAUCAUAAAAAACCAUAAAUUGCAAUUAAAUCUCUCUGACUAAAUGAAAAUGUGUUUUUAAUUUGUGGUAGUUUAGUUGAUUUUUACUCUCUGAGUUACUUUUUGCGAAGGACUACCAAUUUACCCACAGUUUUUAGAUAGCACUACAUCAAUUUAUGAGGCAACCAGAGUCAUUUGAGUGACUUGAGCCUUAAGUUUUGAUGUUUGCUUCCUGAGCAACUGUCUUCUUAGCUUACCUCUUAAUUUUAAUCAUAUCCAUGGCUUGUAAUAUCCUGCUCUGUACUACUAUCAUGUUGAGGUUAUUACCUGAAAUAACCCAUCAGAUCAUUUUUGCCCAGUUCCCUGGCAAACAGAUUAAUUAUUAUUAUAGUUAAUGUCACAAUAAAUGAAUACAGGUAUUUAUAUUAAAGUGCUAUUCAGAUGAGAUUUGCAUCUCUUCAGUUUUUUUCAGUGUGUGUAUUUGACUGAAUCAGUAUUUUGUAUUUGACUGAAUCAGUAGAAAUUCAAUCAAGUUAGGAUUGGAAAAUGCAUAUAUUUCAAAUUUUUGUUGAAUAUUUCAGAAACUAUUGCAUCUAUUUAAAACUAGUAAACAUCAUUCCUAAUCUUUGGUGAAAUUCUAUGACAUCCCUCAAAAUUUCAAAGGAUGUAAAUUUGCAUAGAGUAACUCAUUAAUAAUCAUAUAUACUUUCAUUGCCAGGGUUAGAUUUUCAAAGGGUCCGUGACGGGCUGACAGAGAAGUUUUUAAACCGAGAUUUCUGGCUGAGUCUAUCAUCUGCAAGAUACUAUUAUUUCUCUUUCAGGCGGUUACAUACACUGAUUGGCCAUCGAGGAGAAAUUUCCAAUGCUCAGUUCAACUUUGAUAACUCUUUGAUAGUAACUGGAUCAAUGGUAAUUUGUAUUUUAACCAGCUCUAACACCCUCUUCUCCCCCCUUGUUGUCAUUAUCUAUAUGCUUUUGAAAUUUUUGUUUUUUUAGUUUGGAUUUUUUCAUAUUCCCCUUAACGUGUUACAGUGGUCUCUGUUUUAUAAUAGGACAAGACAUGCAAACUUUGGGACUCAAGGACAGGGCAAUGUAUAGGAACCUUAAGGUAAGAUCGUAAAAGCAUAUUUAUCAAGUUAUUGUGAUAUUUGUAAAGUAUCAACUUGAUAGAGGAACCCAUUGGAACUUCGCGAGUUUUCCCACUGGAUUAAAGCAAGUUUGUUCCCCACCUUAACCAGUUCGCCCCAAAUCUUUAAAUUCGUUUCCGUUUCCUUACGGCAGAACAUAUUCCUUUUAUGUUGACAUUACGAUAUAAUUUGAUCGAGUGCGAGUAAUACUGAACUACGAAAUAUCUACGUUGGUCACUACUUUAGAAUAAUUUUGUCUGUCUUGUGGAAGUUUUUUCUCAAAAGUAAUUUUAGAAAUUUACUGCGAAGAUGGGCGUAAAUUACGGUCAAACCAGUGAAAUAAAGAACGGAGUGAUAAAGGGGCUUAGCCUUACUGCGUCACGCUUAAGAAUGUGCAUGUUGAUCUAACUUCGUUAUGACCUGUUAUGGUGUCGCAAAGAAAUUGCAUAUCGAUUGAAAUAUAAUGAGUUCGGUAGAAAAGAAAUAUCUUCUGCCGUAAGUGACGCGUUGAAACAUUGGGAGGGCGAAUUUCUAAUUGUGGGAGCGGACUCACAAAGGUUUUAGAGGCACUAGCUUGCGCAGGGGCGAAACCCCCAUGAACCUGAUUGACUUGUCUGAUUGGGAUAUGGUGAUAUGUCUCCUCAAAAACCUCCCUCCAAGAUCAUCUCGAAUAGUCUUCACACGAAUUACUGUGGCCCAAAAGAGUCAUGUAUGGUAUGACAUAAGUCGAGAUCUCGCGCUAUAAGUACAGAUUUUAAAAUCUCAACUUAUCAUACCUUACAUGACUACCCCCACUAUCCUGCUAUACCAGAAAUAACAAGAUGAUUAUUGUAUUUCCGUAGGAUUCAAUUACGUUUUCAUAAAUGUUAUCACGUUCGUAUAAAUCGCGAUUAAAGAUUGGGAAGUGUUAACAAGCUAUGUUCUGAGACUUUGACGUUUAUUAACCGACGUUUUUAUGUAGAGUUCGAGUUAUUAGGGUAAAUUUGAGCUAAGGGAAAGUAAAAUUAUUUCGAGUUAGCUAAGGGUAAGUGAAUGAAAAAAUAGGUUCAAAUCCACAGGAAGUCAGAUUUUGAUUGAGUUAACGGAAAGUACGAGUUAGCGAGUCUCCACUAUAAAGCGGACAUAAAUACGUCAGAUUGCGAUACCUGUUCCGUCAAGAAAUCUGGAAAGUUUUGACGUUGCGAAUUUUUUUCUUCGUUUGUUAUGCAGAGGCCACGAUGAUGAGGUGUUAGAUGUGUGCUUUGAUUUGACUGGUCAGUACAUAGCCACAGCUUCUGCAGAUGGUACGUCUACAUGGUAUCGUAAGGUGUAGGACCCUGCGCGAGGUCAUCAUAGCUGGAGCGUUGAACUUUCUGGAUAAAACUGACCACAAUUGGUUUUUUGUUCACUUUUAAAGCUUUAUUACAAGUCUUACAAGUGAACGUGAACACGACUCUUUUCAUUGCUUAUUUUACUUCAAUCAUACGCAGUGUACAUGUUGACCAUGUGAUGUACGCGCUAGACUCCGUGUCUGAGUUCUUAGAUGCAUGACAAGUUUGAAGUAAAGAAAUGAAACAGAGUUUACAUUUUCGCUGUGAUGAUCACUAGAACAUCGUACUAAGACAUUUAUUCGCCUCAGGAUAGGCAAAUAGUCUUGAUUUAUCUACGCGACCUCGUCUCGAGAAUUAUUCAACAUUAUUAUGAACUAAAACAGUUGGAUAGUGUAAAAAGCGCUCUGAUUGCUCGUCAACUCCUCCGAGCAGCUCGCGCGGGAUUUGUGCCCGAAAUGUUGUAAUUGGUGCGGGAAUAAAUAAGUUCAGUCUUUGCAGUAUUUGAAAAAUUUACAAGUGCUUAUUAACACCAAAUUGCACGAGUAAUCAUGUAAUUAUUAAUAAUUUACAUGGAAAAAGGAUCACAGAAAGUCAAAACAGACGAAAUUUGACAGCGCGCGCUAUAUUGUAAUUUGCACUCGUGUUACAACUUUUUACUCGUUUUACAUAAUGAAUGCUCUCGUUUUCGGCCAGUCAGAUGCACGUAAUAUUUUCAUAUACAUUAUUAUUGUUAUUAUAGCACUGGUGUCAAUAUUAGUAAGAUUGAGAUAAGUUAAUGUCCAUAUUGUUAUAACUAAAACACUUUUAUCACAGCUUACACUACACCGCUUGCCGUCCAGAAACAAAGCGCUAUCUAUUUUACAUUGCAACAGUAAAUCUAGUGUCAUUUCCAUGUUAACAAUCUAGGUUCCCGGUUGUUGGUUAAUUUGUUCGCAUUUCAAAUUACUCGUUAUUCAGGAACUGGAAGAGUGUAUAAUGCCCUUACUCAUCAUUGUGUCUCAAAACUAGAGGGGCACGAAGGAGAAAUUUCGAAGGUGUAGUAGUCUUUACUGGUUUUAUUGUAAGGCAGUUUGCUUUUUUUUAUUGUAAGGCAGUUUCGGACGUUUUCGACUGAAAGAGAGAAUGAUUGGAUACGGUCAAAAACGUUGAUCAAGUGACGGUGAAAUUUUUAUAUUUAUAACUACGAGUUUUUUAUUUUUAUAACGCUACUAUGAGUCACAGGGAAACAUUCAUAAGCAGAUGAUGGUCGAGAUUUGCACCGAUAUAAAUUUUAUGGUCCUUUAAAAUUUAAGGAGGAAAGGCUUUCCUAUGAGACCUAAGAGAUCUCUUGUGAUUUCGUACAGAUGUGAGUGUUACUUGAUUUUUUCGUCAAAUGUUAAUGAGUGAGCCGCACAUCCUUGACUCGAAUGACAUUGUUUCAUUAUUUUUAUUACUAUAAUCAUUGUUAUUAUACGUGUUAUUAUUCUUUUUGUUGUUUCUGUUGUUGUUGUCGUUAGUAUUACCGCCAAUGUUGUCACUGCCGUUUGUUUCUGUAUUCUCUGCAUUACGACUUUUAACGCCGUUGGGUUUUAUAUUUUUGUUGUGUCUAGAUAACUUUUAGUCCUCAAGGCACAAGGUGCUUAACAGCAAGUAGUGAUAAGACAGGAAGGCUUUGGGACCCAUUUUCAGGGAAAUGUAUACAGGUACAAAAUGGAAACCUGAGAAAUGUAUAGUUACUAGUGACAAAUAGAUAGUGACUAAGGAGGUGGGAAUUGCAACGUUUUAAUGGCUGUCUCAGUCUGUCUGUGAGAAAUUGUGAUUAAGUUAGAAAUUGUCUUCCUUAUAUCUCACGUGUGAUGGCGGUACUACUUGUUCCACUCGUCACCAUGAACAUGAUAAAUGUUGGUUUUCAGCAAUACGUUUAUCACAAGCAAUUUCACUUUUUAGUCGGCGAAAUUUUCAUUGAAUUACUUUAUUUUCUUCAUAAGGUUCUUGAAGGGCAUAAUGACGAGAUCUUCAGCUGUGCUUUUAAUUAUGAAGGAAACAUAAUAGUAACAGGUAAUAGUAAUCUUAUAGUGUUUAUUGGGUUUACUCCUCUUACACAUAUUUUUUAGUUUAGUGAGGCCAGUGUAAAGCUGUAGCCUAUUUUCUAUGCGGAUGAUGUUGAACACAGCUUUUUAACACUGUAAAAAGUAAGCAAAAUAAAUGAAUGAAGAAAUAGAUGAAGUUCACCUUUUAAUUCAUUUGAUAUAUGAUUUAUCUUGUGUAUUCUAAUACUAGAUCCUUUCUUACAGUGGUGCAGUCGGUUACUGACACACUGCACCACUGGAUUAGUCGGGUGACAGGGCAAUACCAUUUUGUAGCAGCUAAACGCCAUUCAUACUUCUUAGUUUAUUCAAGAAAGGUGCAAUUAAGAUUGAGAUUUUAAAAGUAAUCGGUUCAUAGUUUUCCGAGAGGAGUAUAAGGUUGUCCUAAGAUUAGACAAGCUUGUUUGUUAUCAAACCAAUGUGUUUGAAAUAUCAAUUUCAAUUAAUGCGAAAAACGAUUUGCAAAUGAUCAUAGAGAGAGUAGUCUACAUUGCCACGGGUUAAGUUUCCUUUUUCUUUUCCAUUUCCAUUCACCGACUUUCACAGAAAUUCACGUUAAAGAGGAAGUGAUCCCGUCAUUUCCGGCUUAAAUGGAUUAGUUACAGUGUUAUAGAUCAGUUUUGAUUCUUAUUCUCAAUACCAUCUCGUUGGGUUUCUACAGGUAGCAAAGACAACACAUGCCGACUGUGGAGAUAACAAGGAGUGUACAUUAACAGAACCAUGUUACCAUAUUCUAUUUCAACGAGCAAUAAGACAAUGUACUAAUGUCCCAGCUUAUUCUUUUUCUCUUAAGUAAAUAUUGAUUGUCACCACCUUUCCCCGACAAUUUCAGUCGUUUACAGAAGUCUCCUGUCGCCUCGCAUUCUCAUCAAUGUCUGUUGCAGUUGCCCUUCCAACUAUUCAAAAAGACAUAAAUUACGGGCAUAUGAUUUAUGCAAAUGCUCCUGAUUGCGUUAAGACAAGGAGAAGUUGUUAUGUUGUGUAACUGAGUAAGAGAUUUUAUUCUUCAAUUAGAGUAAUUGGAUAAAUUAUUUUAUAAAGAAGAAUGUUGUUAAUUAACAUAGUGAUAACAUUGGUUGCGAAGUUUUAAGAUCAUAUUAUCGUAACUUUCUCUGAUAAUAACUUACUAAAAGUACAUUCGGUUAGAAAGAGAAUAUUGAUCGAGAAGUUUCUGUCUAAAAAAAACGAUAGAAAAAAAACUCCGUUCUUAAAAAAAAUUUUCCCAGUGCUUCACCGUAACAAGCCAAAAAUUCACGCCCCCUAUAGAAAGAGUAAAACAAUUUUAGUAAAAAAUUACUUGCUUUAUCAAUCUUCUCUUUGGCAAGAUUUUUUUGUCCGCUUACUGAUUUUUUCAAUUACUGAAACAAUGCCCAAAGGUACAACAAACCCUUCUUUCACGAUAAUAAAAAAAACAAAUAACAAAUGUUCUUUAAAAAUUCGAGCCUCUGACCAACCAAAGUAUCAAGCUAUUUUAUAGGUAUAGGUUAAGAGAUGGGCUUUAUCACUUUAAAAGUGGGAGUGAAUUUGCCGCAGCGAAUUUUCUCUUUCUUUUUCUGUAUUGGGAAGGAAUAUUCCGAAAUCCUUGAGAUCAUUGGGUUUUAAUCAAAGUGUCGUGCUCUAUUUGCCAGCAGCUAGAACUUCAAGGCAGCUUUCUCCUUCCUAUCUAUACCGCUGAUGCCGAAGUUAUUAGAUGAAGAGACCAAAAAGUAUGAAGAGGGAGGUCAUGUUUCGAGUGCAUGCAGGUGUGAGGUGAAAAACAACUUUAUGGGUUUAAAAAUGUUGAAAUUAUACAAAUGGACAAAAAAAGUUAAAUAUGUCUUGUAAAUGCGGUGUGAUGGAAUAUUCAUUGGUUUAAAAAAAUUCCCAUCGGCUUGAAGCCGGUUUUUAUACUCCUUGCUGCCUUGAAACCAAGCCUGUCAUUCUCGCGAAACUCGGGACCAGUGUGUUCAUUAUUGUUUGGAUUUUUCCCGAGAGAUUUAACGGACCUUCUCUAGGCAUGACGAGACGGUAACAAAUAAUGAAAGUGAUCCAUUUAGUAUAAUGCUUGAGUUUGUUAACGUCUACGAGGGCAUUUACAGGAGACAAUGCGCGAACAUGGUCAUUAAACUGAACUGCUGUUUAAUUGUGUCAAGAACAUUAACUAUAUGUCUGUCCUAUCAUUGAACCUACUAGAAAUUUCGAAAGCAACUCUGAACUUCUUCAAGUUAGACUAAUGUAAUUUGUUUUAUGCAGGUACAUUAGCAUCUCCUAAAAUAUUGGCCCGCUUUCUAAUUCAAAAGGAG